AUCAAAUCACGUUUUGUUGAGACGUUGAGCAGAUCUGUAUUCUCUCUUUUUCGACUGGAAGACCGUCUGCGCAAUGGAGACGUCCUCCGUGUACAUGUGUUUCCCCUGCUACCAGGAGUUCCCCUCCCUGGAGGAGGUGCUCGCCCACCAGCUCACCUGCAACGUCGAGGCUCCUGCCCACACACCAGCACAGGUGCCUCAGAGCAGCCAGGAGCACACUGAGGCUGAGGCUGAUGUGGAGGAGAGUGUGUGUGCGCUGACCCCAGACAUGGGCGGGUCUGAGCUGUGGAGUGAGGGGGCGGAGCAGAGGCGGGCCGGGGCGGGCGACGCCCCCCGGAUUCUAUACCAAUGUGGCGACUGCGAGCUCCUUUUUGAUUCGCUGGGUCUCUGGCAGCAGCACCGCAAGCAGGGAGGCUGCCAGCAGGAGGCGCAAGAGCACUCAGAGACACCGCUGAUUGCACCCACACACACACACACAGAGGCUGGCAACCUGCAGCCCCCAGAAGAGGGGAUGGAGACAGAGGCGAGGCAGGGCGGGGCCUAUCCUAAUGACGGACAGGCAGAAGCAACCAAUGAGGCGUCGCUGGAGGCGGUGAGAGUGGAGACGCAGGUGUGUGUGAGCGAAACGUCAGACGGCCCUGCAGCCGCGCCCGCGUCCCCCCCUGACCCCCCCGUGAGACGUCGGAGCGGCGUGAAGCGAGUGAAGCCACCGUCCAGCCUGCUGUGCGUAGAGUGCGGUGCAGGCUUCUCGGCCAUCUCGGAGCUGGUGUCUCACCGCCGCAGUCAGCAUGGCCUGCAGGAGGCGCUACACCGCUGCACGGUGUGCGGAGAGGGCUUCCUCAACACCACGCUCUUCCUCUACCACCGCAAGCAGCACCCGCAGCCGCAUCCCGUCCACACUCUCGCGCACACACACACCUCGCUGCUUGGCCUCCAGCAGGACGUGCAGGUGGAGCUGCUGGAGGAGGAGUCUCAUGGACAGGGACUCCUGCUAUUGGCUGCAGCCGGGGAGGGGCAGAGUCUGGCCUCUUAUUUGGCCCUGCCCAGCAAACUGGAUAGUCCACACAUGCCCAUCGAGGUCCAGACCUCUCCCACUAACCCAGAAGCCACACCCACCGACGAUCCGGUCACUCCCACCAACCCAGAAACCACACCCACCAAUGGUCCGGCCACUCCCACUGAUCCAGAAACCACAUCCGUUGAGGUCCAGACCACUCCCACUGAUCCAGAAGCCACACUGAUCAAUGUUCAGGCCACUCCUACUGAAAACCAAGCCAUUCUAGCCACAUCCCCUGAGAACCAGACCAAUGAGCUUGAGAAGGGGUCUCAGGAGGAAGGGGAGAGCCCAGACAAGAAACGUCUGAGGCAGGAGCAGGAAGUGGCGGCAGAGGGAGUGAGUGUGUGUGAGACGACCGGCACGUCUCUGUGCCACGUGUGUGGCUCCUCCUUCUCCAGCGAGGGGGCGCUGAAGAGGCAUGGUCAGGAGCGCCACGGCCACAAGGGGGCGCUUCAUGCCUGCGGAGUGUGUGGCCAAGAGUUCAUGAACACCACGCAGUACCUCUACCACCGCAAGCAGCACCGCAUUGACAUUGAUACACCCGCACAGCCAGCGCACGCCAACUGUCAGCCCGCAGUAGAGGAUUCCGGAGAGGCAGCCUGCGGUGACUUCUUGGUGGAGCUCCCUGAAGACCCUACAACGGUUCCACUGGUGUCUGUCGCCCUGGCGACAGAUGCCACCCUGAGCGAGCCCAUCCCCCCACCCCCUGCCCAGCUGUCACGUGAUUGGUCGAGAGCAGCGCUACCCCACCGCUGUCCGCACUGUGGCCGCUCGUUCACGCGGCGGUCUCUACUCCGUGCCCACGUCAGCGGGCACACGGGCCAGAAGCUCUUCCGCUGCCACGUCUGUGCCAAGGCCUUCUCCAGCCCUGCCAACCUGCUGCGUCACACACACACGCACACACACACACACCAGCGCCCGCACCGCUGCCACAUCUGCACCAAGGACUUCAGCCAGCCCGCCACACUCAAGCGCCACAUGCUCACACACACGCGGCCAGGAGCCUACCGGAGGCGCCGCCUCACACACACACACACGCUCAGGACAGCCAUCCAGGACGGGGACGCCCAGGGACCACACCUUCACACCUGCCCAGACUGCCCUGCCAGCUUCAGGAUGAACACACAGCUGCAGAAACACAGACUCCUUCACACCAGUCAUCCAUUCUCCUGUGAGAUUUGCAGCGAAGCCUUCAAGCGCAGAAAGGACCUGGACCUGCACUCCCUCUCACACCAAGAGCCUAAGUCCUGCCCCCACUGUUCAGCUCAGUUCCUCAACCAGACGGUGCUUCAGGUGCACCUGCAGCGUUGCCCAGGCAACCAGGUGGAGACCAGGCCUGAGACUGAGGUGUCCGGUGGUCGGCGUGGGCGGGGCCAGGGGCGGGGCAAGGCGGGUGGGCAGCUGGAGUGUGAGAUGUGCGGACACCGCUGUGUGACGCAGGAGGGCCUAGAGCUGCACCGCCUCUCCCACACCGGCCAGACGCCGCUGCGCUGCCCCCUGCUGCCCUGCAGGCGGCGCUUUGCCACGGGGGCCGCGCUGGGCGAACACGUCCUGGCGCACUGCCAGGGUCGCCAGGGCAAGCAGCGGGCACCCAGCCGUUACCGAUGCCAACACUGCGCCAAGGAGUUUGCCUAUGCCUCCACUUUCGCUGUGCACAUGCGCAUUCACACCGACGAGAGGCCCUUUGAGUGCUCCACCUGUGGGAAGCGUUUCCGGCAGCUUCCUCACCUGCAGGACCACGAGCGGAUCCACAGUGGGCUGCGUCCGUUCGCCUGCUGGGUGUGCGGAAAGAGCUUCAGCGUGGCGGCGCGUCUGACGGAGCAUGCGCGCGUGCACAGCGGCGAGAAGCCCUACACCUGUCCCCGCUGCCCCACCGCCUUCCGCUCCCGAGCCAACCUCGACAAGCACCUGCACAUACACGCCGAUGAGCCGCAUGGGCCGGAGACCGAGGCACUUGGGGAAGGCGAGUCGGCUGUGCAGACCAUCCUGCUCGUCCACCAGGCGGCGCCUUCACCCCCGCACCCAGACAACCAGUUGGAGGUUCCAGAGGGGGCAGGCACCACGCUGAUCCUGCCCGCAGACCAGGCCUCCUCCUCGGGCAUGCUGGUGCCGGGGUCCCCCUCCUCCGUAGUCAUCCUGCACCCCACCAUCACCGUGCCCACUACUGCUGUGCCCAACAUCUCUGUCGUGGAGGGACAGGACGUCCCGCACACCAUAGAGUUCAUCAUCGAGGAAACCGUCUAGAGGAAAUCCCACACACCAUAGAGUUCAGCAUUGCGGAAACUGUCUAGAGGAAAUCCCACACACCAUAGAGUUCAGCAUUGCGGAAACUGUCUAGAGGAAAUCCCACACACCAUAGAGUUCAGCAUUGCGGAAACUGUCUAGAGGAAAUCCCACACACCAUAGAGUUCAGCAUUGCGGAAACUGUCUAGAGGAAAUCCCACAUACCAUAGAGUUUAUCACUGAGCAGAGCCAUAGAAGGAGGGAGGGAGAGAGGGAGGAGAGGGGAUAGAGAGGAAGAGAAGAGGGGAUAGAGAGAGGGAAGAGAAGAGGGGAUAGAGGGAAGAGGAGAUGGAGAAUGGGUGAUGGAUGGAAUGAGAAAGGAGAGGGUGCUGACUGCUGACAUAAAGAAGAUUUAGAAAUAGUGAAAAUAAAUUACAUGUCCAGACACACCUGUCUGUGUGUGUGUGAGAACGAGUGUGAAUAUAAGAUGUAGAAAAUGUGAAUAUAAUUAAGUUCAGAGACCUGUGUGUGUGUGGGUAUAUAAGGAGAGUGUGUGCAGGUUGCUAUUGAAGGAAGAUUGUGUGUGAAAAGGAUCAGCAGAGAGCAUCUAUUCUGUAUAUAUGUACACACCUGUGCUUAGGCGUGCUGAGGUGAUUUUUUUUAAUGUUGAUAUGACAGUUCAGUUUGAAUCCCAGCGACUGCCUGCUUGCUAAUGUGUUGUUGUUUAAUAAAGCAACUUUAUUACUAGCGCCA